AUGAAGUUCAGCCUCGGUGGAAGUGGGAUCGACAUCAACAGUUAUCAGAAUGAGAAUCCUGAUCUGGGAGUCGCAAUCUAUCCGAGUCGAUCCCCUGACGACGCACCCUACUCGAUACAAGAAACCCCCUUGCGUUCUGCCAUCUUCAUUCCUGCCAGUUUCAAGUAUGGUGAAGAUGGGAAAACGCCAGUCAUCCUGGUCCCUGGCACAGGGAGCUAUGGGGGCGAAGCGUUUGAGAGCAAUUUCGCCAAACUCCUCAAGGCCAGUUCCUUCGGCGACCCGGUCUGGUUGAACAUUCCCGGUCGGAUGUGCGACGAAUCUCCCAAGAAUGCAGAACACGUGGCAUACGCCAUCAACUACAUCUCAACGAGAUGUCAAAAGAAGGUCGCGGUCGUGGCAUGGUCCCAGGGAAACCUAGCCACCCAAUGGUCAUUGAAAUAUUGGCCCAGCACUCGCGAACAAGUCAGCAACUUCAUAUGUCUGUCGGCCGAUUUCCGCGGGACAGUCAACGCCUGGGGCCUCACCCCCUUCAAGGGAACCCAGCCUGGCACUCCGGCAGUGUGGCAUCAGACUCGCAAUUCCAACUACAUCGCCACGCUGCGUUCCAAUGGAGGUGAUUCUGCCUAUGUGCCCACCACGUCGAUCUAUUCUGCGACAGAUGAAGUCGUUCAACCACAAUUUGGAGCAGCGGCCUCGGCACUAAUGAAAGAUGAUCGUAAUGUUGGAGUGACUAACUGUGAAGUGCAAGUCGCCGCCUUCCUGAAGCCCGCUGGGCUCGCAUAUUCGCAUGAGGGCAUCAUGUACCAUCCUCUCGCGUGGGCUUUGGCCGAGGACGCCAUCGUGAAUGGUGGACCUGGAAAGAUGGAGCGCAUCAAGAUGAGUGCUGUCUGUAUGCACCGAAAGGCUCCAGGACUUAGUCUUCUCGACGCUACCAAGACACAGGCCUUGAGUGCGUGGUGUUUGAAAAGUAUCUUGAUGUUCACUCCAAAACCGUGGGACGAGCCAGGUCUGCCACUUUACGCUGCAAAUGAAAAGAAAACCUAUGUUCCUGAUGAUGUUGUCGUACAAACCAAACAGACUGUCGCCAUUGUGGAAAACGAGGUCAUCGCUGCGGAAACAGAGGUCACUGUUGCUCCGACUGCUCCGACUGCUUAG